GGACGGGGCGGGCGCGGUGAUGCCGCCGUUAAAGGGCUCGGCGGGCCGUGGCACCGGGCAGCAUUCCCGGCUGGAGCCAUGGCCACCUGCGUGCAGCUCUGCACCGGGGCCAGGAUGCCGCUGGUGGGGCUGGGCACAUGGAAGUCUCCAGCUGGGCAAGUAAAAGCUGCAGUGACAGCUGCCAUCGAUGCCGGGUACCGCCACUUCGACUGUGCCUAUGUGUACCAGAAUGAGAGUGAGAUUGGGGAAGGGAUCCAGCAGAAAAUCAAGGAAGGUGCUGUGAAAAGAGAGGACCUCUUCAUUGUUAGCAAGCUGUGGUCCACUUUCCAUGAGAAGCAUCUGGUGAAGGGAGCCUGUCAGAAGACUCUUGCUGACCUGAAAUUGGAUUACCUGGAUCUCUACCUCAUGCACUGGCCUCUUGGUUUCAAGGCAGGAGAGGAGCUGUUUCCUGCAGAUGACAAAGGCAUGGCUAUACCCAGCAACACAGAUUUUCUAAAUACAUGGGAGGCCAUGGAAGAGCUGGUGGACUGUGGACUGGUAAAAGCCAUUGGUGUCUCCAACUUCAACCAUGAGCAGAUUGAAAGAAUCUUGAACAAGCCAGGACUGAAGCACAAGCCUGCAAACAUCCAGAUCGAAUGCAAUCCAUACCUUACACAGGAGAAGCUGGUGAACUACUGCCAAUCCCAAGGGAUUGCUGUGACAGCAUACAGCCCCCUUGGCUCUCCUGACAGACCAUGGGCUAAGCCAGAGGAUCCUUCCCUUCUGGAUGACCCCAAGAUCAAGGAAAUUGCAGCCAAACACAACAAAUCCACAGCCCAGGUUCUCCUUCGCUUCCAGAUCCAGAGAAAUGUGAUUGUGAUUCCCAAAUCUGUCACCCCACAGCGCAUUGCGGAGAACUUCCAGGUGUUUGACUUCAAAUUAACUAAAGAGGAGAUGGCAACUAUUGUCAGUUUUAACAGAAACUGGAGAGUCUAUACAAUGAGCAUGGGCAAAACUCACAAGGACUACCCAUUCAAUGCAGAAUACUGAAGAUGCUCAUAUCCUGCCCUCCUUCAGAGCUUGGUCUGAUAUUCUUCCUAUCAAGUUCUCUGAAUUUCUUAUUGAAUUUCUCCUCCUGCAGCUACUGAAGUCACAGCAUAUGUAUUCAGUGAUCAUCUUUUGUUUACUCUUUCUGAAAGAAACAGUAAAGUUGCUGUAAAUAAAAUGGGGGCU